UCAGACAAUUUCAAGUUUAACACCCCAUGUUUAAAGGAAUGUUUCACAUUUGUUAGAGAAGGUAGACAGUCAAGUACAAUUCAACACUUUGAAAACGGGAUCUGCACAAAGGUGUCCCAAGUUAAGAAGCUCGAUAAGCUUAGAUUCUGGUCUGCAGGCCUGUGUAGCUUGGUUUGCAGAACGGUGUCACGCCGUGAACAGGAUUAGGAAAUAGCUGCGGUGCAUCCUGCAGACAGAUAUACUUAAUACAAUGAAAGGAAAGACAGCAUUUUGGCUGCUUAUGUUGCUGGGUUUAACGCAGCUUCUUGUAGUAACGCGGUGCGAGGAUGAUGAAGUGGUAGAAGAGGCUGACAGUGAUGAUGACAGUGACGAUGAGGAUGAUGACGACGACAACGAAGGUGAUGGCACAGAGGUCAAAGAAGAAAAUGGGGUGUUGAUACUUACAGACAAAAACUUUGACACCUUUAUUGAAGAUAAGGAUACUGUCUUGGUGGAGUUCUAUGCACCAUGGUGUGGACAUUGUAAGCAGUUUGCGCCUGAAUAUGAGAAAAUUGCUCAGGUGCUUAAAGAGAACGACCCACCAAUUCCAGUGGCGAAGGUCGAUGCCACUAAAGAAAGUUCUCUCGGGAGCAAAUUUGAGGUCAGUGGAUACCCCACCAUCAAAAUCCUGAAGAAAGGAGAGCCGGUGGAUUACGAUGGUGACCGUACGGAGCAAGCGAUUGUGUCCAAAGUGAAAGAGGUGGCCCAGCCAGACUGGAAGCCUCCACCAGAGGCCACCAUGGUGUUGACCAAGGACAACUUCGACGAUGUGGUCAAUAACGCGGACAUUAUACUCGUGGAGUUUUACGCACCUUGGUGUGGCCACUGCAAGAAGCUCGCCCCAGAGUACGAGAAGGCUGCAAAAGAGCUGAGCCAGCGCACGCCCCCCAUUCCCCUGGCGAAGGUAGACGCCACGACGGAGAGCGAGGUUGCGUCCAGGUUUGAGGUUUCCGGGUACCCGACCCUCAAAAUCUUCAGGAAGGGCAAACCUUACGAGUACAACGGACCACGAGAGCAGUAUGGCAUUGUUGACUAUAUGAGUGAGCAGGCGGGUCCUCCGUCGAAGCUAGUCCAAACACUGAAACAAGCCCAGGAAUUUGUCAAGGAUGGAGACGAUGUUGUCAUCUUUGGAAUUUUCUCCAGCGACCAGGAUGCCGCAUAUGAAGUCUAUCAAGAAGCUUGCAAUGUCUUAAGGGAGGAUUUCAAGUUCCGGCACUCGUUCGACAGCGACGUGGCCAAAUUUUUCAAAGUUUCCCCUGGACAAGUGGUCAUGAUGCACCCGGAAAAAUUCCAGUCUAAAUAUGAAGCAAACUCGUAUACAUUAACAAUUAAAGAUUCCACUUCUCCUUCUGAACUGCAAGAGUUCUUUGCCAAACAUGCUAUUCCUUUAGUUGGACACAGAAAGCAAGGCAAUGAUGCCAAGAGGUACAAAGAUCGCCCUCUGGUGGUUGUGUACUAUGGAGUUGACUUCAGCUUUGACUACAGAGUUGCAACCCAGUUUUGGAGGAGCAAAGUUCUGGAGGUGGCCAAGGAUUUCCCAGAAUACACUUUUGCGAUCGCCGAUGAGGAAGACUACGCUGACGAGCUGAAGACACUGGGUCUGAGCGACAGUGGAGAAGAGGUGAAUGCUGGGAUUUUUGGAGAAGGAGGCAAGAAGUUUGCCAUGGAGCCUGAGGAAUUUGACUCCGAUGUCCUGAGGGAGUUUGUCCAGGCCUUCAAGAAAGGCAAAUUGAAACCAGUCAUUAAAUCUCAGCCGCUUCCUAAGAGUAACAAAGGACCAGUGAAGGUGGUGGUCGGCAAGACUUUCGACGAUAUCGUCAUGGAUCCAAAGAAGGAUGUCCUCAUCGAGUUCUACGCUCCGUGGUGUGGCCAUUGCAAAAAGAUGGAGCCUGACUAUCUGGCCCUCGGGAAGAAGUACAAGCACGAGAAGAACUUGGUAAUCGCCAAGAUGGAUGCCACUGCCAACGACGUGCCCCACGACAGCUACAAAGUAGAGGGAUUUCCCACCAUCUACCUGGCCCCCAGUAAAAACAAGCAGAAUCCCAUCAAAUUUGAAGGUGGAAACAGAGACUUGGAGGGCUUAAGCAAAUUUGUGGAAAAGCACGUGUCGAAAUUGUCCCAGAAAGAUGAACUUUAAUACCUCUUGAAAGUAACCGAGGACUUUAAAAGAGAAACAUGGGAAGAUGGGCAGCAUUCCAUAGGAGUGUCCUCAAGGUCUUUGCCUCCAGGUAGACCAGGGGAAAUUCCAUGUAACAGGGUGUUACUGACCUUUUUUUAGUGCAACUUCUGUUGUAGCGACUUAUUUGUGUCCCAAAAUCAUGAGAUUUAAAAUCUUGCACUGUUAAACAGCUGAGUAUAUUUUGUUAAAUCUUUUUAAAUAAAAGAUUGUAAAAUUA